AUGAGCUGCACAAUAGGGAUUGGCUUGCCAUUGUACUCUACUUUCAAGGCAAUAGAGAAUAAGAACCAGAAUGAACGAGAAAAAUGGCUUUUGUAUUGGGCAGUGUAUGGAUCUUUUAGCCUUGUUGAAGUUGUCUCUGACCAGGUUUUUAACUGGUGUCCAUUCUACUACCAAAUUAAGUUUGCCUGCCUUGUUUGGCUCCAGUUUCCAUCGGGUCAUGGUUCAAAAUAUUUGUAUGCAAGAUACCUUCGACCAUUCUUACAGAAACGUCAAGAGACACUUGAUCACCUACUGAAUUCCUUGUCCCAUGAAAUUGAGAAGUUCAUUAGCAACCAUCAACAAGAAAUUCAAUUCACAAAGGCUAUGGCUGUGAGAUGCGCAAUCACAGCAAACAAGGUUUUGAACGAUAUCAUCAGUCCAGCGCACAUCCACGAACCAGGCACUGCUGAGUCUCGAAAUGCACAAACGGGUCUGCAAAGUCAAGAUUUAGUCCCCAACUCCGAUUCUGAAUUGGAGGCCGAAAACUGAA